AGCCGAAUGAUUCCUUGGCUACUGCUGUACUUAUUUGGCAUAGUCACAUCAGAUCUCCACCAGCUUCUCUCAACACGUCCACUGUACAGCGAUGAUCGACUUCCGCCGAUCUUAAAGCCCUUAUCAUAUGAUCUUCAGCUACAGCUACCACUUUCAGAGGUCUCCGAUCCAGACGUGCCCCUAUUCACCGGUCGAUGUGUGAUGCAUUUCGAGAUAAAUCAGCAAAUCGGUCCGGAAUCCGCGUUUAUCAGUGACUCCACUAGUAAUCGGGCUAGGAUAAAGUUCGAUAUAAUAAUGCUGGACCACUUUGAAAAUGUGUCCCUCGUAAUGAAUGGUCACGAGCUAGAAAUCUUUAAUGUGCAAUUGACAGAUGACUCUAUGGAGCUCUCAGUAGAUCAGCCCGUCCUGUUUCCCGGCAGAUAUACACUGACCAUUCAUAGAUACAAAGGCCUUAUCGGAAGUGCUAUCUACUACAGAGACGCCGGCGAGCAUGCUGUGUUCGGAUCCAACCUGUUCCCAAACAGAGCUCCUGCUGUAUUCCCGUCAUACCUGGCGAGCACCGAAAAAGUCACAUUCUCCAUAACUAUGGUACACCCGGUUGGGACACUUGCUCUAACCUCCGGAUCGAAUGAAGGAGCACCGAGGAAGAUUGAUGAAAAUUGGCAGAUGACGACAUUCUCCACGACACCUUCCAUCACACCAUCAAUGCUUUGCUUCCUGCUCCUCCCACAUGAAUACACUCAUAUUGAAUCAACCUACACUGGAGUCAACAUUAGCGUGCAUUAUAACAGAUUCAGAGUUCAAAAAGAGCAAACCAAACAUUUAUUACACACCGCCACACAAGUCCUGGCUCUGUUGAAAGACAUAUUUUCAUCGCUAAUUCCUGUUCCAAAAAUCGAUAUAAUCACCAUGAACGAAGUGUCUUCUACAGCGUGUUUCGGCUCAAUUGUGGUGUCUGAAGUGCAAUUCUUCUCGGCCGACUACGCAAAUCAAGUGAAAAUGCUUGCCACGUGGCUUGCCAAACAAUGGAUCGGUGGGUAUGCUGCAAUUUCAGAAGGAUCUGAACUUUGUCUACAAGAGGAUUUAGUAGCUUUCAUCGCUGAUAAAGUGAUAAAAAGAAUGACAAACGAUGAGUUCACGAGGCUGGGGCACCUGGCAAAGAUCUACCUCUCCGAAACCAUCUUCACCGCAGGAGACACUCUGAAACUCGACGAGCACCCAAAUGAAUUUGAAAUAUUUGAAAAAUGUGGUCUCAAAGGUGUAGCCAUGCUAGAAUCCAUAGAAUCUCUCAUUGGGGAAAAAUCCAUGAUCUCCAAGAUCAACGAGAUGAUUUAUAACUCGAAAAAGGGCUCGUACAGCUCCCGGACGUUAUAUGGUCUGUUGAAUAGCACAGUGGAUGAGGAUAUUUAUGUUUCACAGCUUCUUCACUAUUGGCACGAGCACGGAGGCCUACCAUACAUGAAUGUGGACCGUUUGGCAAAUUCCAUAAAAAUCACUCAAAAUGGGUCGAAUAUGACCGUCAAAAAUGGUGCGGGAACCUGGGAACGCAUGCCACUUUGGCCUCUCCCACUGAAGUUCACCGAAUUCAAGCUGCCCAUCCAAAUAAUGGUCAGCCACGGGAUCCACCUCUCGCCAAUUCGAGAUGGCCUAAUUUUUUCGAAUUUGGGAUUUACGAACUAUUAUCGUGUCAAUUAUGACAUUGACACGUGGCGGGAGAUCAAAACUGUGCUCACUGAAAAUGCCACGUCAUACACGCUACGAGAGCGGUUUCAGCUCGUUUCAGAUUUUUGCUAUUUUUAUUCGAUUAAAUCGCUGCCCGAGCCAGCAGCCUCAGUGCUCCGCAACGAAUUCGUGCAGCUCGUCCGUCUCCGGCCGACGUCGUUCCCGAUCUGCGAUGCGGCGAUCUUCCAGUGCGUGGUGACUCAUGAGCACACGAAGCCACGACAUCUUGACAAGAGCACGAUGGUUCAGUUGAGGCGGAAGGUUUUCGACUCGUUCGCGAAUUCUUCGGAAAUGGAGUGCCGCGCCGGGCUCGCACAUGAUGCUCUUAAUGAUCUUUGCACAAAACUUUAUGGUAUCUCAUGUUUGUGAUUUUCUUGUUUUUUUGUGUGUUUUUUGUUUCAUAAAGUACAUUUUAAAAUU